CGCGUCCCCCCGAGCCCGGACUCUUGUUGUGUUUCCGAGCAACAUCUAAAGCGAGAUCAGCGAAUACAGCGAUUACAGAAACCUCAACAUUAAUGCGCCUCGAACACGCGUACAGUCACUCUGUGUUACUCUCUCUCUCUCUCUCUCUCUCGGGCUCUGCUGUGACUCAUGGAGUCGCUAACUUUACCCGCUCUGAAAACAGACGCAGAUCUAAAGCUAAAAGUGGAGAACAGAAAGAAGAACGUGUUUGUAACGCAGUUAGAGGAGCACAGAGAGCAGAAGGAUGAGCACAUAAAGCACAUUCCUGUAAUAACAGAGGGCUCCAGCGGGCUCCUGGAGACGGGCGUGAACACAUUGCAGUCCACACUGGUCCUGAAGAAGCAUGUGGAGGUGGACGAGAUGAACACGCAGCUGAUGGACAAACGACAGCAGGUUCACGACUGCAUGAAGCUCCUGCGGGAGAGAAGAGCGCAGCUACAGCAGAGACAGACAGAGACGAAACAAAGGGCAGCCGAGUUUGAGAAGUUUGUGGAGGAGAACGAGCUGAAACGUCGCCGUGCGCUGAAGAAGUUCCAGACGGAGAGACAGCAGAUCGAGCUGAAGGAAAAGGAGAAAGCUGAACUGUGCUCACUGCUCCAGGACUUACAGGCAAGACGACUGUAUUUGAAAGAGCGAGUGAACAAAUUUAAGAUAUUCGAGGACUUUCUGAUGAAGACACUUGAUUUACUUCCAGACAACUAUCUAGGGUACCGGACGGAGCUGGUGACGGCGAUCAUCAGACGCUACGAGACUCUGAGCGUCAGCCGACAGGAUCUUCUGCUGCAGUUAAACAGCCUGACGGACGAGAUGAAGACGAGCCAGGAGCAGCUUGACGCCCUCAAACACCAGCACAACACCUAUAAACUGACGACCAACCAGGAGCUGUCGGAGCUACAGACGCAGCUGGAUCAGACCAGUGAGAAGAACAAGCAGCUGGAGAUGACGCUUCGCAUGCACAUGUCCCAGUCCAGAGACCAGGUGGAGGAAGUAGGGAACAUCCUGAUAGCCGUGAGAAACCUCGGAGAGCAGUGUUACCUGAGCCACUACGGCCCUCUGGACGGCAUGGACGCAGCCACCAUGAUGGACAUGAUAAAGGAGUUCAUGGUGGAGAAAGCAGACCUGGAGAGAAGAGCUAUGAGAGUCACAGACAGCAGUGCUGCGACAGCGAAGAAGAGCAACUCUGGCAGAACCCAGAUGAAGAGCAGGAGCAGCGGAGCCACAGGGAUGAAGAGCAGGAGCAGCGGAGCCACAGGGAUGAAGAGCAGGAGCAGCGGAGCCACAGGGAUGAAGAGCAGGAGCAGCGGAGCCACAGGGAUGAAGAGCAGGAGCAGCGGAGCCACAGGGAUGAAGAUGCUGCAGUAGAUGGACACGGUUGCAGCCGCUCACACCACCAGACUGUGAGAGUUCAGUACCAGCGUUUGGUUCAGAUAUAGGGUGCAAAUUACAGGGGGGUUUGGGGGUCAGACCCCCUUAUGGAGGCUUGAUCCCUUCUAAUGUAGGCUUGAUAUCCCCUUAAGAAUGCUUGGUCCUCCCUAAUGAAGGCUUGAUCCCCUAAUGAAGGCUUUUUUGUUGUCCUGCACCUGAGGCCAGUUAGGGGGUUUGGGAUGUGAACUCCUUUGUAUUUUUGACUCCUAAAUAAACAUAAAUGCAUAUCA